AUGAUGGCUGCUGUGGUGCCCAGUGGACGCGGUGCCGAAGACUUCCGGCGGGAGGCGUUGAGGUUCCUGGAGUCCAGCCCAGCUGAGGGUGCGCGCCUGCUUUUCCUGAGUUUCAGCUUCGGAGCUGUCCUUUCGGCCGAAGGGGAUGAGCUUCAGCUCAACUUUGCCGGGACAGGUCAACAGUACUGGGCUGUGAUCGUGCAAGCGGGUCAUGGCUAUAAGAUCCUCUAUGAGAUCCACCCACUCACGCGACGCCCGCGACGCCCGCCGUCCGGUCGAGCGGAUCACGGCGUGGCGCCGAUGGAUGAACGGCUGCAGCUGCGGCUCCGGGCGGCACGCGAAGACUUGCUCAGGCUGGCCCAGCAGCAUCACUCUGACUGGUGCAAUGGAGUGCAGAGCACCUUUCGCUCAGUGCAGGAGCUCUGCGAGGAACUCGUUCCUGAUGCCUCCGAGGCGGUGAAGCUCUCGACGGAGCGCUCGCGAUGGGAGGAGCCGAGCCUCUCGCACGCUUCGCGCCGCUGGAGCCUGGCCGUGGUGCCGAGCCUUCGUCCCUGCAGCCCAGACGAGCGGGCGGACCCCGCUCCGCCGCAUCCUUCGCCGCGCGGAAGGCAAGACCCUACAUGUGGCACACGUCGGGUGUCUGACGAGAGCCAGGCGAGCCUGUUGGAUUUGCACCUCGACUCCUCAACUGAGAAUUCGCUGGAGGAGCUUCCUGAGGAGCUUCCAACAAAGGAGCCCGGCGCUGAAGGGUCGCCUGGAGCGCCUCCGCACGAGGCGGGUGCGGCCUCACCCAUCUCAUCGCCGAACAUGUUCCCAUCGGAGUUGACUCCCAAGAGCCUUUGGCGCUCCUUUUCGCCGAACAUGGCCUCUGCCUCGGUGUCCAGCAUCGGCGGCGUGAUGGCCAUGUUCCAAAACGAGUCACAUGGUCUCGAUCGAUCCCAAAGUGUCAUCGACUUGCAGCAGCACAGCCACUUGCGCCAGCAUUUGGACUAUGCAGCCGGAGUUUUGGUGACCUUGAACUUCUGCGUCAUGUGCGCACAGUUGGAGUGGACCGGGCAGGGACUCGGGCUGGUCUUGGGCACGCUCGACGAGACCUAUGACGUCCAGGCGGUCCAGUCGCUUCGAUGGGUAGAGCAUGGCAUCAGUCUGGUCUUUUUCAUCGAGCUUUUACUGCGCGUCUUCGUGGACCGACGGGAGUUCUUCUUCCACAUCGCCAACUGGUUCGAUACCUUCCUGGUGCUGAACAGCGUGGUGGACUUGAUUGUCUUCUCGAUGGAUCCACCGCCCGACCACACGCUGGUGAUGGUGGUCCGGACCAUCUCGGCGCUGCGGAGCAUCCGCAUCAUGCGCACGAUGAGGUUCUUCCAGGGUUUGCGCUUGCUGCUGAAGGCAUGCCACGCCUUCUUGCCGACUUUGGGCUGGUCGAUGGUGGUCUUGGGCUUGAUGAUGUCCAUCAGCGGCCUGGUGGUGGGACAACUCCUUCAGUAUUUCAUCGCAGAGGAGGGGGAAGUCUUGGAGGACCGCAUCUUCGUGUGGGAGAGAUACGGGACGGCCUAUCGCUCCAUCUACACGCUCUAUGAGCCCUGGCGGGAACUGGCCCACCAACGUGCGGCCGGUCUUGGACAAGGUGAGCCACUACUAUGUGAUUUUCUUCGUCCUGUACAUCACAGUGGUUGUUUUUGCUGCAAUCAGAGUCAUAACUGCGGUGUUUUUUGA